AAAGAGAUUGAGAGAGCGAGCGCUGAUGAGGAGAGAGAAAGAGAGUGAGGGAGGUAGGGAGGUGAAUGAAAACUUCCUAACGGAACACCACUACCAGUGCAGCUGUUUUUUUUUUUAAUUCUAUAUUUUGUAUGUAUGUAUGUAUACAAGUAUGUAUAUGCGUAUACAUAUAAUUGUGACAAAUUAAUGUUUUAGAGUUCAAAAAGCUUUCUCAAAUCUGUUUUCUCCAUAUGAACUUGUUAAUUUUUCUGUUUUUCUACUGGUUCUAUUUGUUUCGGAUCUCGGAAAUAGCAUUUUCUUGUGAAUUUUCCUUCGUUUUCUUGCUAUCCAUCAAUGGUGAUGGAAGAUAACGAGAGCUGUGGUAGCCGGGUGGUGGAUUCGUUACAAGCGAACUCUAGGCAGCAGAGAAGGAACCUUGAGGUAUACAAUGAGGUCCUCCGUAGGCUCAAAGAAUCAAAUAACCCCGAGGCUAUAGAACCUGGUUUCGACGAUGAACUCUGGGCUCACUUCAAUCGCCUUCCCACUCGGUAUGCACUUGAUGUGAAUGUGGAGAGGGCAGAAGAUGUUCUCAUGCAUAAGCGUUUACUACAACUAGCUCAUGAUCCUGCUAAUAGACCUGCAAUUGAAAUUCGGAUGGUGCAGGUUUCUCCCAUCUCUGAUCAUUUUAGCUCUCCCAGGGACGAAGGUGCCCAAAGGUUCAUUCCUAAGCUGCCACCUGCCUUUGGUUCAUCUCCUAAUCUUGAAUCCCUUGCACUUGAAGCAAACAAAUCUCAAGUUCAAGAUGGGGAUAGUGUUGUUUCCCAUGUACAGUCCUCCCGGCCCAUGCAUGAAAUUACAUUUUCAACGGAUGACAAGCCAAAGCUCCUCAGUCAGCUGACUGCCUUACUAGGCGAGGUUGGGCUGAACAUCCAGGAAGCACAUGUUUUUUCUACUGUAGACGGGUACUCCUUGGAUGUCUUUGUUGUUGAUGGUUGGCCCUAUGAGGAAACCAAGCAGCUCCAAACUGCAUUAAAAAAGGAAUUCUUGAAGAUCGAGAAGCAGUGUUGGCCAAACUGUCAUCUGUCUUCUCCUACAGCUGAGCAGGAGCAGACAGGGAUCAAACGUGAACCUGAUCAUUUGACAAUACCUAAUGAUGGGACUGAUGUCUGGGAAAUUGAUCCUCAACUUCUGAACUUUGAGAUAAAAAUUGCAUCAGGGUCAUAUGGUGAUUUAUACAAAGGUACAUACUGUGGUCAGGAAGUAGCUGUCAAAGUCCUCAAGCCCGGGCGUGUAGAUUCAGACUUGCAGAAGGAGUUUGCCCAAGAAGUAUUUAUUAUGAGGAAAGUUCGACACAAGAAUGUUGUACAAUUCAUAGGCGCAUGCACCAAACCUCCAAGCUUGUGCAUUGUAACUGAAUUUAUGUCUGGUGGAAGUGUGUAUGACUAUCUCCACAAACAAAGGGGUACUUUUAAACUACCAUCUUUACUAAGAGUAGCAAUUGAUAUAUCAAAGGGUAUGAACUACCUACACCAAAAUAAUAUAAUUCACAGAGACUUGAAAGCUGCCAAUCUUCUGAUGGAUGAAAAUGAAGUUGUUAAGGUGGCUGAUUUUGGAGUUGCUAGAGUGAAAGCUCAAACUGGAGUUAUGACGGCAGAAACCGGGACAUAUCGAUGGAUGGCUCCUGAGGUUAUAGAACACAGGCCCUAUGAUCACAAGGCUGAUAUUUUUAGCUUCGGGAUUGUAUUGUGGGAGUUGCUAACCGGAAAGCUUCCAUAUGACUAUUUAACCCCAUUACAAGCUGCCGUUGGAGUAGUUCAAAAGGGUCUACGGCCUACCAUCCCAAAAAACACUCAUCCAAAACUAGCUGAGCUGCUUGAGAGAUGCUGGCAGCACGACCCAAAUUUAAGACCCGACUUCUCUGAAAUAAUAGAUAUCCUGCAGCAAAUAGCAAAGGAGGUUGGAGAUGAUGGAGAGGAUCGACGCAAAGAGAAAUCAUCUGGUGGAUUUUUUUCGGCCCUUAGAUGGGGACAUCAAUGAAGUGAGGAGAGAUACACAAUGUUCAUAACAUGAGCUAAUUGAGGGCCAUUUCCCACCUAGUUAUUCAUCUGUGUUGUACAGUAUUUGUUUACUAGUUCAACAUUCCAAUGGUUCUUUCUAUUUUCAUUUUCAUUCCAAGAUAAUAUAUAUAGCAUUCCAUGUUUUUAGAUUUUCCCAUCAUAGCAUAAAUUUCUGAGGGGGCAGUAGUAUUGAUGAGUAAUGUAACUUUGCAAUAUUGUUGCUAUUGUAGCAUAACAGUUGUGAUGAAAUUUUGUUUCAAUAUCAAUACUAUUUGUGACUAUUACAUUGUUUA